GUGAUAAAAGCAUUGUAAACAACUUGAAACUCGAAAGGCCGGCUGGAAAGUUUUGCUUUAUCAGAAAUUUUUAGUAUAAUAAAAGCAUUUGGUUGAAAAAUGGCUCAAAAUACAAAAAGAACAGUUUAUGUUGGCGGACUUGCUGAAGAAGUUGACGAGAAAGUUCUUCACGCUGCAUUUAUCCCUUUUGGCGAACUUGUUGACAUUCAGAUGCCGUUGGAUUAUGAAACGGAAAAGCAUCGAGGUUUUGCAUUUGUGGAGUUUGAAGCUUCCGAGGAUGCCAUGGCUGCCAUCGAUAAUUUGAAUGAUUCUGAAUUGUUUGGAAGGACGAUACGUGUGAACUUUGCCAAGCCUCAGAGAAUCAAAGAAGGCUCCACCAGACCUGUUUGGUCGGAAGAUACGUGGCUGCAGCAGCACGCAGGAGAAACUUUGGAUAAAAAAGAUGACAAAAAAGGAGUAGAGGGUGAAGAGGAAGCUACUGAAACAGGAGAAGAUACCGGAGAACCAGCAUCAAAGAAAGCAAAGAAGAAUCCUCAGGUUUAUUUGGACAUCACUGCUGGAAAGUAUCCGCUUGGCAGGAUCGUGAUUAUGCUAAGGGCUGACGUUGUUCCAAAGACUGCUGAGAACUUCCGGUGUCUCUGUACCCACGAAAGAGGCUACGGAUACCAGGGCUCGACAUUCCACAGAAUCAUCCCAGGCUUCAUGUGUCAAGGUGGUGAUUUCACAAACCACAACGGAACUGGCGGCAGGUCAAUUUAUGGUGGCAAAUUCGAUGACGAAAACUUCCAGCUCAGGCAUACUGGUUUAGGAGUGGUUUCGAUGGCCAACUCUGGGCCCAAUACUAACGGAUCACAAUUCUUCCUUUGCACUGGUCGAUCAGAAUGGUUGGAUGGAAAGCACGUUGUGUUUGGACACAUCAUCAGCGGUAUUGAUGUUUUGAAGAAGAUUGAGAAAUACGGAAGCAAAGCUGGGAAGCCAUCAGAAAAGAUUGUCGUUAGUUCUUGCGGAGAAGUUGUUUAAUUUAAAUUUGAUCUGCAUUUUGUAAAUAAAUUUUUACUUUAAUUUAAGAAGCAAAAGAAUUUAAAAAAGAAUUUUUAUUAAAAU